GACCAAUCCAAAUAUAUAAUGUCAAUUCGUUUUUUAAGUUGUAAAUGCCAAUUGCAUAUCGUCAGACUUCGCUCCGGUAUCUCCUGUUAUUUCUAAUCAGCAUCACUCCGGCGAGACCAUGCUUCAUUUUUCAUUUUCUAGGGCAUUGUCAUAACACUUCCAAAUAUGUAUUAUUCACGUAAGCGUUUUCCAAGUGAUGCAAUGAAUAAAAAGUAUACAGUAGAUAUGACGAUUAGAGAUAGCAAAUAUGGUCUGUCGCAAUGGUGUUGAGAGAGACACAGGUCGGGUGUGCUUUUAAAUUUAUUGAGAAAUCAAAUGAACUGGAGAACUCCCAAACUUAGAAUCCCCAAGCUUGAUCACACGUGAAAUCUUAAGAUCAUGGGUGUGACCAUCCGAAUGUCACCAGGUGUCUGGGAACAGAAAUUGAUGAUACUUUUUUGUAUCUUGUUUUCGAGAACCUACGUGGGAUUUGGAUGAUUUUGGAAGAAGGCAGGCAACGAUUGAGAAUCAAGUCUCCAUAAAGCAUAUUCUUCUAGGGAUUCUUCGUGGUAUAGAAUAUUUGCGGUCUCAAAAUUGUAUCCAUGAAGAUUUGAGACCUGAAUUUGUGCUAUUUGAUCCAGAUAGUAAGAGAGUAAAGGUUGCUUACUUUGGAGAGCCUAAGAGUAUGGACGAUCUCGUGAGUGAUUGGUGUCUGGAUAACCCGGCAGUAGCUCUGAAGGCAGCCUGUCUUUAUUACCAAGCACCUGAAAUACUUUUUAAUGGAAGCUCCAAGGUUGUUGAUAUGUGGGCUGUGGGCUGUAUCUUUGGUGAGAUGCUAACUGGGCAGCCUUUGUUUCGUUCUAAUACUUGGUUACAUUUGGUUGCGAGUAUUUUCGGGGUCUUGGGCGAACCAAAGCCAGAAGUAUAUGGCAAAAUUGAAAUUACUGCUGAUGGUCUUUUAACCCUUUCUAAAAAUUUUGAUUAUAAGGACUUGACAAAAACGUUUCCAGGUCUUGAACCUGCUGGAAUUGACCUUAUCUCAAGAAUGCUAUGCUUGGAUCCAGAGCAGAGGAUAACACCUCAGGAAGCACUUGAGCAUGACUAUUUCAAAGAUCUCUAGGAUAUAUUUUUAUUUAUUUUCUCUAUUUCCCAACACAACAAUAUGCUAAUUUCAAGAUCUGUGUUAAAACAUUUCAUAAUUUUAUUAUUUUAAUGGUGAUGUGUGAAGGUUUCUUGCA